AUGUCCAAGCCAACACACCUCGAGCCGUCCGAGCUGGGCACCAAGGAAUACUGGGACAACCUCUACACAGCCGAAAUCUCCAACCACGCGCAUAACCCCGCCGACACCGGCACCGUCUGGUUCGACGACUCGGACGCCGAAGCCAAGGUCAUCGACUUCCUCUCCGACCCCGAGCUACAUCUCUCCACAGAAGAAUCCUCCUUCCUCGACCUCGGCACCGGCAACGGAUCUCUCCUCUUCGGCCUGCGCGAUGCCGGCUGGCAAGGACGUAUGCAAGGCGUAGACUACUCGCGCCAAAGCGUCGAGUUCGCGCGGCGCAUUGCGGAGUCGCGGUCACAAGACCCGGAUACCGAAAGCGAAAGGCCGGUCGAGUUCCGCGAGCACGACAUCCUUCAAACGCCGGCCUCUGCGCUCUUGGCUGAUGCGCAACAACCGCGGGGCUGGGACGUCGUACUGGAUAAGGGCACCUUCGAUGCGAUAUCGUUGUCGUCAGAGACGGACCCUGUGAGCGGGCGUCGUGUUAGUGAAUCCUAUAGAGCGCGGGUUGCGCCUCUCGUGCGCGACGAGGGCUUAUUUCUCGUCACGAGCUGCAACUGGACCGAAGAGGAGCUGAAGAGCUGGUUCGAGGGUGCUAGGAAGGAAGGAAAGGACGAUGGAGACGCGAGAGGGUGGCGCUUCGACCUAGUCGGUAGGGUCGAGUACCCUAGCUUUAGUUUUGGCGGCGUAAAGGGACAAACCAUUAGUAGUUUAUGCUUCAAGAAAGUUAGGGAUACUUAA